AUGCCGGAUGACAUGUGGCACCAGUCGACACAGAGGGAGGGCGUGGUGGUGUUCGCCCUGCCUGGCGAGCGUGGAUUGGCCCCCGUGGAGGGCGACUUCUGCCUCAAAUUCAUCGACCGCAACGGAGAGUUCUACUGUUGGCUUAACACAGGCAUGAUGCCCAACCGCCUUGUCAUUCCGUGUGAAGAAUUCGACAACUUUGACAAGCGCCGUCUCCCCUCGCCCGGGCUGCAAGUGGAGGUCAUUCUGCUGGACCACGAUGCCCCCCUGCCGCAACCCAAGAAGAAAACCCCCGCUACUGCUGCUGCUGCUGCUGCUGCUGCUGGUACCACCUCAUCGGCUGCUGGUUCAUCUGCUGCUGCUGCGAGAUCAGCAGCAGCAGGGAAGGGCGCAGGAUCAGAUGCCAAGGGGAAAGGUCUGGCUUCUGCUGCAAGUGCUGCCAGUGCUGCUUCCAAGCCUGCUCCUGCUGCCACCAAGGCCUCCUCAGGCUUCUCCCUCGCAGCCUCCUUCCAAAGCUUCAUGAUGGGAGCAACAGCCAAGCCCCAGGCAACUCCCCAGCAGCAGCAACAAAAGGCAAGGCAGCAAGCACCAGCGUCGUCCUCAGCCCCAGCUGGCUCUCGAACCGCUGCUGCUGGCGGCACUGGUGCUCGUGCUGGUGCCGGUGCUGGUGCUGGUGCUGGUGGUGCUGGUGCUGGUGCAGGGGGGCCAAAACACUCACUUGAGGGCAGUAGUGGUACCGGCAAAUCAAGAAAGGCAGAGGAGGAGGAGGAUAUGCACCCAGACAUCUUCAGUGACAGUGAUGAUGAUUAUGAUGAGCGAGGGGAGGAGGAGACGGAAGAGGUGGGGACUGGGCGUGGAGCAGGUGGAACAGGGAGGGUGGGGAAGGAGAGGAGGGAAACUCCUCCGCUGAUCGGUCUCGAGGAGGCUCCUGGUGUUCCCUCACCUGCAGCAGGCGUGGCAGCAGCGGCAGCAGGAGGCACAGCAGCAGCAUUGGGGAGAAUUGGGUCCCCAGCGGGCUCUGGCCUGAGCCUGACCUCCCUGGGAACAGCAGCAGCUGGUGCUGCUGCCAGCCCAGCAGCGGCAGCAGGAGCAGGAGCAGCAGGAAUGGCUGGGAGAACCUCGUCGCCCCUCCGUGGCCCGUCCAACCCGGUAACCGCUGGUAACCAGGGCAUGUUCUUUGGGCCGUCGAGUGACUUUGCCAUUGCUGCUGCCAGUGCUGCUGAUGCUUCAGUGUUCUCCUUUGGAGACGACGAGGAUGAUUUGGAGGAUUUUUAG